UCAUGUCUUAUUGAAAAUACUUUCAUGAAAGUAAUAUGUGGAUGGAAACAACGUCGUGUGAAUGACCAUUUUGCCCCCCAAAAAAAGAAACUAUUCACCCCCUCCCCUACACCAUAAACGUACCCACAUGUUGAGCUUUAGGUGAUUUUUGUCAAAUUGUUGACCCCAUCUUGGUGUUGCACUGCAAUUGCUUAGUUCACGAGGCCCCAAAACACAUCACGUUGACUUAUAUUUAAAUACCGAUCUUUGAGGAUCUGUCAAGCACACCUUCAAUGGCAUGUUCAACAUCAUCCACUCAUAAAAGCCAUAAGUAUGAUGUAUUCUUGAGCUUUAGAGGUGAAGACACCCGUAAGAAUUUCGUUGAUCAUCUUUAUGUUGCUCUUCAACGUCAAGGAAUUCAUACUUUCAAGGAUGAUGAGAGACUCGAGAAAGGAAAAAAGAUGAACGAUGAGCUCUUGAAAUCCAUUGAAGAGUCAAAAUUCUUCUGUCAUUAUAUUCUCUAAGAACUAUGCAUCUUCGUCAUGGUGCUUGGAUGAGCUUGUGAAGAUUAUGGAGUGCCAGAAGGAGACUGAGCAGAUUGCUUACCCUGUAUUCUACGAUGUUGAUCCCUCAGAAAUCCGUCAACAACUUGAUCCAGUUGGAGAAGCUUUUUCCAGACAUAACAAAGGAGAGGUUGGGAAGUGGAGAGAGUCUCUGAAAGAAGCAGCCAAUCUGGCUGGGUGGGAUUUGAGGAAAACUUCGGAUGGGUCUUCCCUUAACAAUCCGGGUUUUGGGUUCAUUUCUCUGUGGUAAAAAUAAACCCGAAUGGAAAGAUGCACUAGAAAGACUAAAAUCAAUUCCGUUGAAAGAAACAUUGGUAAAAUUGGAAUUAAGCUACACUUGUCUAGAGGAUGAUUACAAGGAAAUAUUCCUAGAAGUUGCAUGCUUACUAAAAGGUUGGCUGAAAGACGAUGCAAUUACAGCACUUGAAAGUUGUGGAUUUCAUGCUAGGAAUGGCUUAAGAGUUCUAGAGCAAAAAUCUCUUAUAACUAUUUCUCCUGAUCAACGAUUAGGCAUGCAUGACCAUAUAGAAGAAAUGGGUCGGAAUAUUGUUCGUCGUUCGUAUCCUGAUGAGCCCAUAAAGCAUAGCCGAUUGUGGAUUGGAGAGGAGAUUAAAGAUGUAUUGGUUGAUGACUUGGUUACAGGAGCAAUAAGAGCUAUAGCAACAAACACAUCGACAUGGUUUGACGAUGAGAAACUCUGUUCUACGAUUCUUAUAAAUGGUUUUGGAAACUUGAAGAAACUUAGAUUUCUUCACGUGGUUUCUGGGAGCAGUUGUUCGUUUGAAAUUGGCCAAAAUUUCCCAAAUGCGUUAAGGUUUCUGAGUUGGCACUGUUACCCUCAUUACUGUUUACCUAAAACAUUCCAACCAAAUAAUCUCGUAGCACUUGAAAUGCCUAACAGUAGAAUUAAACAGCUGUGGCACGAAGGAGAAAGAAAGGUCCUUAAAAACCUUAGAUUCCUUGACCUAAGUAAUUCAAAAUUGACGACAAUUGAUUGUGGUUUACUUCCAAAUCUUGAGACAUUAAAACUUGAAAAAUGUCGUCAUCUGGUAGAACCACAUACACCCAUCGGAUGCCUAAGAAAACUCGUCUUGUUAAACUUAAAUGGUUGUGUAGGAUUCAAAUCUCUUUCAUUUAUCAAACCACUGAAAUCACUUCAGGUCCUUGAUCUAAGUAAUUUAUAUCUGACGAAGUUCCCAGAUAUACUUCCAGAGCAUUCCAACUAUAGUUUACUAGCGAUUUACUUUUCAAAGAACAAUAUCCAAGAGCUACCCUCAUCGAUUGGAAACCUUGAGAAGCCUGUUUAUCUAGAUCUCAGUGGGUGCCCCAGGCUCAAGAGUCUGCCACAAAGCAUAUGCACUCUACGAAGUCUAAAAAACCUUGACCUUGUAAAUUGCGCCAUAGAGGAAUUACCAGAGGAUCUUGGCCAUUUAGAAAGUUUAGAAUGGCUAAAUUUAGGAGGUACACGAGUCGAACAUCUCCCUAAUAGCAUUUGUAUGUUGAAAAAUCUGAAAACUCUACUUCUUACAAGUUGUAAAGUUGUUAUGAAUUUACCCGAAGAUAUUGGUAUGUUAGAAUCUUUGGAGGAACUAAGUCUAGCGUUUUGCAAGAUAAGAGAUGUUCCUAGUAGCAUCUGUAAGUUGACACAUCUCAGAGAGUUUGAUCUUGGCUUUUGUGAUCAACUUGAGAGAUUGCCCGAGAAAUUAGGAGACUUAAAAUGUUUAGAAGAGUUAAACGUACAAGGUACAUGCAUAAGUCUACUUCCGCAGAGCAUUUUUUUAUUGAAAGAUCUCAAAAUCAUUGGAUUUAAAUCAGUAGAUUGAUUGAUAUAUCCCUUUGGUCUCAAAAGAAAACAACCAAUUACACAAACGCCCAAAAGGAGUUUUGGUCUACCUGUCUACCACGCACCACAGAUGAUUCUGAGAAGCGAGCCCAUUCACAAAGAACCAUCAUAGAAUUUGCAUUCCAGGUUCUUUAAUAAUUUCCUUACUCUGUAUUGAAUUUUUUGGAAUUGAUUCCGAUUUCGGGAUUAAACCUCAAGUUAUUUUUUGGAAAUGGUUUCUAGAGCUCUUAGUUGACGAGUUUGACUACAAGAUGGUGGAUGACUUAAACUAAUACAAGCCAACAUAAGGUCAUCCCAUAUAUCCUGUAUUACCUAACAUUUUUUUUUUCAUACUUAGCAUAUAUACUAACUACACUUUACUCACAAGGUUUGUUUGAAGUUGUGAAAGAGGUUCUUUCGAGAACAAGCAAUGUUCUAAGCAUACAUAUAUGCCAAUUUUAAAAAGAGUUACAAAGGACUUUGAAUGAUGUAAAUGUGGAAGUAGAGAAUUUGAUUGAUGUACCGGUGAAUGAGGUUGAAGAUGAUGAUGAUGAAGAAGGAACUAAAGAAUUUGGUGGAUGGGGAUUUAUUUGUGCUUUUGUUUCCUUUUCGUUGCUACUAUAUUGGCCAUUUGUAAUUGUUUGUAUGAUCACGUAGAUUCACACCCACACAUUUAACUUUUGCCUUUUUAAGCUAGUAUAGCUUCACACCCAAUGGUUUUGAAUACCAUGUUUAGGAAUUUUGUAAAUGGUGGUACUUAUGGUAUGUUACCAACUAUACUCAUGAAUGGAAAAUUUUAGUUUUUAAUGAUA